ACGCUGUCAUUAUACAGUAAUCACUCCAAAACAUUUCCUAAUUUUUCUUUUUCUUCUGCAACCUCCAAAAAGAACCCCAAAGCCAACUUGACGAACACAAACAUUUCUUUCAUUCUUAAUUUUUUUUCUGAAAAUAAAAAUGUCGUGGUUAAGAUCCGCCGUGAACAAGGCAGUGGAGGUCGGAAACAAGAACAAUCUGACACGCGCCGUCAAGAACUAUGCCGACUCCGUCGUUCAUCAAGCCGGUCAAGCUGUUGCUGAAGGAGCUAAAAUAUUGCAAGAUCGCAUUGGGAACCGGAACUAUAAAAGUGUUAAGCAAACGAUUAAGAGACUUGAGGAGGCUGCUGUUACUUGUAGAGGACCUGAGAGGGUUAUGUUAUUAAAAAGAUGGUUGCUUGUGCUUAAUGAAGUUGAAAAGUUAUCAGUGGCAGCAGCAGCAGCUUCAUCUGACUAUAAACAAAGGACCCUUGAGCAACACCUUUUUCCUGAAGAUGGAAAGGAAAGCCCAAGAAGACAGUCUAUGGUACUGUAUUAUGAUUCUGAUAUUGGGGGCGAGCCAAUGAAUUUCUGUGAUGUUUUUCUCCAAAGUCAGGCUUUGGAGGGAAUAACAUUGUCCAUGAUUCUUGAGCCACCUAACGAUGAAGAGAUUUCUUUGCUCCUGGUGAUAUUUGGGAUCUGUCUAACUGGAGGAAAAGAAGUUCAUAAUGCAAUUGUGAGCAGCAUUCAGGAUCUGGCUACAGCUUUCCGUAGCUACCAAGAUGAAGUGUUGGUGAAGCGGGAGGAAUUGCUUCAAUUUGCACAGGGUGCUGUUACAGGGUUGAAAAUUAGUGCUGAUCUUGGCAGAAUAAAUGCUGAAGCCACUGAUCUGAAGAACAAACUUGAAGCAAUAAUUAGUUCUAAGAAGCCAUCAAGUGAAGUGCCUGAUGGAACAGCUAAAGCAAAUAUAGAGGUUCUGAAAGAAGCUCUGGCUCAGAUUCGUAUUUGUUCCAGAUUGCAAGGGCUUUUAUUAAAAAAGAAGAAUUUAAGUUUUGGGGACUCUCCGGAGGUUCAUGCUCAAAAGGUUGACAAGUUGAAGGUCUUAUCAGAAUCCCUUGCUAGCUCCGCAUCAAAAGCUGAAAAGCGCAUCUUAGAUCACAGCAGAAUUCAAAAAGAAGAAGCUUUGAAAGUUCGUGUUGCUAAAGCUGAUGAAGCUAAUGAAAAAGAGAAGGAAAUAUCAGCUGAGAUUGUUGUACUUGAAAAGCAAAGAGAUGAACUUGAAGCUCAACUGAAAAAGGUUAAUAUCUCCUUGGCUGCUGCAAAUGCACGGCUUCACAAUGCUAGAGAAGAGAGGGACCAAUUUGAUGAAGCUAACAAUCAGAUAAUUGAGCAUUUGAAGACAAAGGAAGAUGAGCUGUCAAAAUCUAUUGCUGCAUGCAAGGUAGAAGCAGAUGUUAUCAGUACCUGGAUUAAUUUUCUAGAAGAUACUUGGGUUCUCCAGCGUUCAUAUACAGAAAUGAAGGAGAAGCAGGUCAAUGAUGAGCUAGAGAGACAUGAGGACUAUUUCAUGAACUUGGCAAUUCGUCUCCUCUCUGAUUACAAGAAAGAAUUGGGGCCUGCUAUCAGCCGCAUUGGGAAAUUUGUGGAAAAUUUAAAGAAAUUGAGUGAAGGGUCAGAGAUGGGAUCCAGUGUGGAUCAUGAUGACUCUAAAGCAUUAAAUCCAAGGAAAAAUCUCGAGGAAGAAUAUUUGGAGUACGAAGUUAAGAUUAUAACUACCUUCAGUGUGGUGGAUAACAUGAGGGAGCAGCUUUAUGGUCAACAGGGGGCCAUUUAUAGGAAAGAUGAAACGAUGACUAAAGAGCUAUUUGAUGAUAUUGAGAAGCUGAGAAAGGAAUUUGAAUCUAUUGAGAGACCAAUUCUAGAAGUGGAGACUCCACCAACCCCGAAGGCAGAAACUGUGUCUGAGGAGCCACUAGGAAGUCCAACCCAUAAAUUGAUUCCAGAGUCCUCCAGUACACCAAAAUCGGAGAUAGAUGGGCAACCCAAGGCACCUGCAGUUGAGGAGCAGCUGGUGCUUGAUCCUGCAGCUGAACUAGCAAAGCUGGAGUCGGAGUUUGGGAAGGAUGCUAGAGAUUACUCAGGAGAAGAGAUUGGUGAUUGGGAAUUUGACGAGCUCGAAAGGGAGCUGAGAUCUGGUGAUACAACAAUAAGCAAGUGACCAACAGGCCUUCCGAGAAAAUGAAAAUCCACUGAACAAGCAAGCUAUGCACAAAUCUGUACUCCUUCCCCAAAGCUGAAAUCUUUUUUAUAUCCUGAGCUUUUUGGUGUAACUUAUUUGUAACAUCGAAUGGAGUUCCAACUUACAAUUUGUUCAUUCUUCUGUAAAUUGUCAAAAGUUGUAUGUUGUAAGGUGGAAAUUGAUGAAACAAAAAGAAUAAAAACUAUGAAUGUAAAUGUUUUUAGCUGCAAUAUUAUGGGACAAAUGCCUUGGCUA